GAGGAGGAGGAGUAAGUGAGCGAGGGGUGGGAGCAGAGAAGCGAGCAGGAGAUCCUCUCUCUCCUCCACACACAGAGUCCCAUACACACUCGCACCAGCUGUGCUGUUGUCAGUCCUGGAAUGUAAGCACUGCCGUGAGGAGUCAGAUUCUCCAACUGCUAAGCCCCGAGAAGGAGUACAAACAUAGCAGUGCUCACUCAGAUACACAGAUGGAUGCUAAGCAGAGCCAAACCAAAGAAACCUAAAGGACACGAGUAAAAGGGAAUACAAUGCCUGUUCUGACAAGGCUACCUUCCAGUGUUUACCCUCUCAGAAGCUUAUUUCCAUAAUUCACAAGUCAUUCUGGACAUUUCCCUGCUGAUUGGAUACCAUGAUAGGCAAUCAGGCCCUGCUCCUGCUGAUGCUCUAUUUUCUGUGGCCCAGUACCGCCCUGCCUUUCAUGCCUGGGAAUAUUGGGAAUCUGUUUGGGAUGCCAGAGAGUGACGGGAAGGUUCUACAGCGGUCCAAACGGGGAUGGAUGUGGAAUCAAUUCUUUCUACUCGAGGAGUACACGGGAAAUGACCAUCAAUACGUUGGCAAGCUGCAUUCAAAUGCGGACAAAGGUGAUGGCACCGUGAAGUACGUCCUAACCGGAGAUGGGGCUGGCACCCUGUUUCUGAUUGAUGAAAAGUCCGGAGAUAUCCACGCCACUAAAAGGCUGGACCGGGAAGAGAAAGCCAUGUACACGCUGCACGCCAAGGUCUUGGACAGAAACACCAAUGCAGAACUCGAACCUGACACUGAGUUUAACAUAAAAAUCCACGACAUCAAUGACAACGCGCCAAGAUUUGAAAAGGAGGUGUUCUACGCCAGCGUUCCUGAAAUGUCUGAAGUUGGUACAUCCGUCGUCACAGUAACCGCCACUGAUGCCGAUGAUCAAACGUAUGGAAACAGUGCCAAGCUGGUGUAUAGCAUCCUGCAGGGACAGCCAUAUUUCUCUGUGGAUUCGGAAAACGGAACUAUUAAGACAGCGUUACCUGGCAUGGACAGAGAAGUCAAGGAACACUACCAGGUUGUGAUUCAGGCCAAAGACAUGGCUGGACAGAUGGGUGGGCUUUCAGGGACCACGACGGUCAGCAUCACCCUCUCCGAUGUGAACGACAGUCCGCCACGCUUUGCUAACCAUUCCUUCCGUGUGACGACUGUGGAGUCUACAGAGAUAGGUGGCGCCAUCGGACGCAUUAAAGCUGACGAUCCCGAUGUGGGCCAUAAUGCUGAGAUGGAAUACAGCAUCGUUGGUGGCCAUGACACUUUCAACAUCAUCACUGACCAGGCUACGCAGGAAGGAGUCAUCAUAAUUAAAAAGGCUCUGGAUUAUGAAAGUAAGAGGGACUACGAUUUCAGAGUGGAGGUAAAAAACACCUACUUAGACGCCAGGUUCAUCCAUGGCGUGCAGUUCAAAGACUACGCCACGGUCAAGGUGACGGUGGAGGACGUGGACGAGCCGCCCGUCUUCGCCCGCAACCCUUACAUCAUCGAAGUGCACGAGGACACAGCCGCCGGUAGCUUCGUCGGCGUCGUGCUGGCCAGGGACCCCGACGCCGACAAUAAGCCAGUAAAAUACUCCAUUGACCGACACACGGAUCUUGAACGUCUGUUUAAUGUCGAUUCUGUGAACGGUACCAUCACAACUCUGAAAUCACUCGACAGAGAAAUGUCCAAAUGGCACAACAUCUCUGUGGUGGCCACUGAAAUAAAUAACCCUCGCCAGACGACUCGAGUACCUGUGUUCAUCAAGGUUUUGGACGUCAACGACAACGCUCCAGAGUUCGCCAUGUCCUACGACACAUUUGUCUGUGAAAACGUCAAAGCAGGACAGCUAAUUCAGACAAUAAGUGCUGUUGACACAGAUGAACCGCUUGUCGGGCACAAGUUCGUCUUCAGUAUAAGUGGCACUAAUCCAAACUUUACCAUCGUUGACAAGGAAGAUAACACUGCCAAUAUCCUGACGAGAAGAGGGGGUUUCAGCCGGCGUGAGAUGAGCAUGUACUUCCUCCCCGUUGUGAUCUCCGACAACGACUACCCCAUCCAGAGCAGCACCAGCACGCUGAUCAUCCGCGUGUGCGCCUGCGACAGCCGAGGUAACAUGCAGUCCUGUAACCCGGAGGUCCUGCCCUUCUCAGAUGGCCUCACCACCGGAGCUCUUGUGGCCAUACUGCUCUGUGUGAUUAUCCUGCUCAUGAUCGUGGUGCUGUUCGCUGCCCUGAGGAGACAGAGGAAGAAGGAGCCUCUGAUCAUCUCCAAAGAGGAUGUCAGAGACAACGUUGUCAGCUACAACGACGAGGGCGGAGGAGAGGAGGACACUCAGGCCUUUGAUAUCGGCACGCUGCGCAACCCUGAGGUGAUGGAUGCUAACAAGCUUCGCAGGGACAUCAUACCCGAAAUGCUGUUUCCCUUUCGGAGGACAUCACCGAUAAAGGAUAACACGGAUGUGAGAGACUUCAUAAAUGGGAGGCUGCAGGAAAACGACUCGGACCCCACUGCUCCCCCCUAUGACUCCCUGGCAACAUACGCUUACGAGGGCACCGGUUCGCUGGCAGAAUCCCUGAGCUCACUGGAGUCUGCUGCUACUGAGGGAGACCAGGAUUAUGACUACCUCAGCAACUGGGGACCACAGUUUAAAAAGCUGGCAGAGAUGUACAUAGGGAGGAGCCCUGACAGAGAGACCUAAACAAAGCCAACUGUCUCUAUAAUCCAAACUCAUUUUUAAUGUCUUUUCAGCUAACUAGCCAGACACUUAUUUGUCUAGUUAGUUAACUAGCCUGUCUUAAUAUCUAUCGAGCUAUCUGUUCGUCUAGUUUGCUAGCUAGCUUGAUAGUCAACUGGUUGUCAAUUUGAUCCACCUGCAAAUGUGCGUGAAAAUGCACAAACUCCUGUGCACUAAGACGAUGAUAUCUUAAAUCCGAAUGAGGAAGCUGAAAUGGAAACUGGAAAGCCGUGUUCGAAAUGUUCACUCAGUAUAACAUGUUUAAUAUGCACAGGACUAAAUAGUGAAAGCCAGGUGUUUUUGAGCACCACUUGAGUGCCACGAAACCUAAUAAUUAUGUAUUCCCUCUUACUCAACAGUCAGAUACACUGGAAUACACCCUUAAAUCUAAGGUGAUGGAUGGCUCGAUUCUUUCAGUUUUGGCUAAAAACAGGAGUUAUCAUCUCUCCUUAUAACAUAAACAAUAAAUUGUAUGGCACUGAUUUAAUUUUA